AUGAGUUGCCAUGGUGACUUUCCCAUUCCUUCCCCUUUCCCUCCCUUUCCCUUCCAUUCCUUUCCCUUUCCCUCCCUUUCCCUCCCAUUCCUUCAACUUCCCUCCCAUUUCCUCCCAUUCCUUGCCCUUCCCUCCGCUCCCCUCCCCUCCCCUUCCCUCCCCUUCCCUCCGAUCCCCUCUCCUCCCCUUCCCUCCCCUUCCCUCACCUCCCCUCCACUCCCCUCGCCUCCCCUCCCCUUGCCUCCCCUCCACUCCCCUCCCCUCGCCUCCCCUCCACUCCCCUCGCCUCCCCUCCCCUCCCCGCCCCUCCCCUCUGCUCCCCUCCCCUCCCCUCCCCUCCCCUCCCCUCGCCUCCCCUCCCCUCCCCUCCCCUCCCCUCCGCUCCGCUCCGCUCCCCUCCCCUCCCCUCCCCUCCCCUCCCCUCCACUCUCCUCCCCGCCCAUUCCGUGCACAUCUCUCCCCCACCCGCCAGUGUCGUCUCUAUAUAGCCAGCGCCACUCCGCCCCGCCUCUGCGAGUGUGGGAGAGGCGCCUGCGUAGCGGCGCACGAACAGAAUCGAGACUCCCCUUACGGGUCCUUAUGAUUCCCACUUUGUUCUGUUUCCCUUUCAUGGUUGUGCGUGGGAGCAGCAUGCUCAAACUGCAAGGUCCCUAA